UCAAGAUCCAGCCCAUAUUAUGGCUGGCAGUGGGUCCAAAUCAGGACUAUCCAGUGGGUUUUCCAUGAAAUCACAGCUUCAAAUCACUGUUAUUUCAGCAAAACUAAAAGAAAAAAAUAAAUGGUUUGGACCUAGCCCUUAUGUGGAAGUCUCAGUAGAUGGACAGUCAAAGAAGACAGAAAAAUGUAACAAUACAAAUAGUCCAAAGUGGAAACAGGAUCUUACAGUAAUUGUCACUCCUGUAAGUAAAUUAAACUUUCGAGUCUGGAGCCAUCAAACAUUAAAAUCUGAUGUCCUUCUGGGAAGUGCUGCUCUGGAUAUUCAUGAGACUUUGAAAUCAAACAGUAUGAAGCUUGAGCAGGUAGUGGUGACAUUGCAUCUUGUUGGUGACAGAGAACCAGCAGAAGUGGUAGGAGAUUUGUCUGUCUGUCUAAAUGGGAUGCAGGUCGAUCCUGAGCUCCUGACGAAUGGUGAUGCCUCAAGUACAAGAAGUCCUACACAGAAUGAUAGCUCCAAAGUAAAGAACGAUACACGGACUAACUCAAAUGGCCUUGAAAGCUGUGAAGAUGGUGCUCCCAAUGAAAACAAGACUGUUAAUGGCAGUGAUUCUCCAUUACUCACAAAUGGAAACUGCAAACCGUCUAGACCUCCCAGGCCUUCUAGACCACCUCCACCCACUCCCCGCAGACCCACUUCAGUAGCUGCAAGUGUAAAUGGUCCUUCAUCCACAUCCACAGAAGAUGAUGGGGCCAGUGCAGGAUCACUGGCAGGUACAGCUGCAAAUACAUCUUCAGAACAGAGCCCUGAGGGGGCAACAGCUGCAACGACAGCUCCUGCAACUGCUGCGCUCACCACACCUCCGGUAUCAAAACAAGUCCAGCCAGUAAAUCCUCCACCUCAGGCACUUACUACAGUCAGUCAAGGUCCUCUUCCACCUGGUUGGGAGCAAAGAGUAGACCAACAUGGCCGAGUAUACUACGUAGAUCAUGUUGAAAAAAGAACAACGUGGGAUCGGCCAGAGCCUCUUCCUCCAAGCUGGGAGCGACGAGUUGACAACAUGGGGAGAAUUUAUUAUGUUGACCACUUCACUAGAACAACGACGUGGCAGAGACCAACAUUAGAGUCUGUCCGAAAUUAUGAGCAGUGGCAGCUUCAGCGCAGUCAGCUUCAAGGAGCUAUGCAGCAAUUUAAUCAGAGAUUUAUAUAUGGGAACCAGGACUUUUCAUCCACACAGAACAAAGAGUUUGAUCCUCUUGGCCCUCUGCCACAUGGAUGGGAAAAGAGAAAUGACAGCAACGGCAGAGUGUAUUUUGUCAAUCACAACACACGAAUCACUCAGUGGGAAGAUCCCAGGAGUCAGGGUCAAUUAAAUGAGAAACCCUUACCAGAGGGCUGGGAAAUGCGAUUUACUGUGGAUGGUAUUCCAUAUUUUGUGGAUCACAAUAGAAGAACCACUACAUAUAUAGAUCCCCGCACGGGCAAGUCUGCUCUAGCCAAUGGACCCCAGAUAGCUUAUGUGCGUGAUUUCAAGGCAAAGGUCCAUUAUUUCAGAUUCUGGUGUCAGCAACUGGUAAUGCCACAACACAUAAAGAUUACAGCAAGCAGAAAAACAUUAUUCGAGGACUCAUUUCAACAGAUAAUGAGCUUCAGCCCUCAGGAUUUACGGAGACGUUUAUGGGUUAUUUUCCCUGGUGAAGAAGGCUUAGAUUAUGGUGGUGUUGCAAGGGAAUGGUUCUUUCUAUUGUCACAUGAAGUUUUGAACCCAAUGUAUUGCCUAUUUGAAUAUGCAGGGAAAGACAACUACUGCUUACAGAUAAACCCAGCCUCUUAUAUUAAUCCAGACCAUCUGAAAUACUUCCGAUUUAUUGGAAGAUUCAUUGCCAUGGCUUUGUUCCAUGGGAAAUUCAUUGACACUGGUUUCUCUCUGCCGUUCUAUAAACGUAUCCUAAACAAGCCAGUAGGACUCAAGGAUUUAGAAUCUGUUGACCCAGAGUUUUACAACUCUCUCAUCUGGGUAAAAGAGAAUAAUAUUGAAGAAUGUGGCCUGGAAAUGUUUUUCUCAGUUGACAAAGAAAUUCUAGGUGAAAUCAAAAGUCAUGAUUUGAAGCCAAAUGGUAGCAACAUUCUGGUCACAGAAGAAAACAAAGAAGAAUACAUUAGACUAGUAGCAGAAUGGAGACUUUCCCGAGGUGUUGAGGAGCAGACACAGGCUUUCUUUGAAGGCUUCAAUGAAAUUCUGCCACAACAGUAUUUGCAGUAUUUUGAUGCUAAGGAACUGGAGGUGCUUCUAUGUGGAAUGCAAGAAAUAGAUUUGAAUGACUGGCAGAGACAUACCAUCUACCGGCACUAUACCAGGACCAACAGACAGAUAGUGUGGUUCUGGCAGUUUGUGAAAGAAAUAGAUAAUGAGAAGAGAAUGAGACUCUUGCAGUUUGUUACUGGAACAUGCAGAUUACCAGUGGGAGGAUUUGCUGACCUCAUGGGGAGCAACGGACCCCAAAAAUUUUGUAUCGAAAAAGUUGGAAAGGAGAACUGGUUACCUAGAAGUCAUACCUGUUUCAAUCGCUUAGACCUUCCACCUUAUAAGAAUUAUGAGCAGUUGAAGGAAAAGCUGUUGUUCGCAAUUGAAGAAACAGAAGGAUUUGGGCAAGAAUAGGUAAAAUUUGCACCUUGAAGAAUGUGAACUCAACACGAUGUAUGUUCUU